AUGUCCACCUCUUCGGGGGCCCCGGAGUCUUGGAUAUCUUCCUUCUGCUCUCUUCUUGGCCACGAGUACUUCGCUGAGGUCUCUGAGGAGUUCAUCGAAGAUGAUUUCAAUCUCACUGGCCUGCAGAACCAGGUCGCGAUGUACAAGGAGGCUCUUGAGAUGAUUCUCGAUGUGGAGCCUGAAGAGGACGAGGACGAAGAGGAAGAGGAGGACGAAGACGAAGAGGAGAACGAUUCGGGAGACCAAGACCGACUCGGCCCCAGGCACGACCGGAGACAACAUAGCCGCAUGGCCAGCGACCUUAGCGUCAUCGAGUCUUCCUCCGAGAUGCUCUACGGUCUGAUUCAUCAGCGGUUCAUCUGCUCACGGGCGGGAAUCCAACAGAUGAGCGAGAAGUAUGAGCUGGGUCACUUUGGCUGCUGUCCUCGGACAAACUGCGAUCAAGCAAGAACACUCCCGGUGGGCCUGUCUGAUAUCCCCGGCGAAGACACCGUGAAGUUGUUCUGCCCCUCCUGCCUCGACGUCUACGUCCCUCCCAAUAGUCGCUUCCAGACCGUUGAUGGAGCCUUCUUCGGCCGCACAUUUGGUGCCCUCUUCCUUCUCACAUUCCCCGAGUACGAUCUCACCAAGCGUGGAGCAGAGGUCCUCAACAGUGGCGGCGCACGCAUCAACGACGACUCGACCGAGAUGAUCAACGGCAUGUACGCCAAAAACAUUGCGCCUGGUCUGGGUGCUGGCCGGAUAUACGAGCCUCGCAUCUAUGGCUUCCGUGUCUCUGAAGUCGCUAAGUCUGGUCCGCGGAUGCAGUGGUUGCGAGACAGACCGGAAGACAUGACCGAGCUGGACGAGGCGCGACUCUAUGCAGAUGAGCACCCCGACUCGGAUGAGGAAGACGAGAGCAUGAACGGCAACGGGCGGCCCACACCUCGGCGCCGUGCCCCGCGUGGCAAUGCACGCCUUCGCGCGCAACGCCAGGCCCAGAACGGCAGCCCUAUGAAUGUCGAGACGAACGGUGCCGAGUCAGAGCUUUGA